AUGCAUGACUCUGAACGAAAAUUUCUUCAGCAACAAGCACGUGACAUGUUCUACCAUGGAUAUCGCAAUUAUAUGGAACAUGCAUAUCCUUGGGAUGAAUUAAAACCUUUAAGUUGUUCAGGAAGACGGUGGGAUCGUCGCGAACGUGGUGAUCUUGAUGAUGUAUUGGGAGGUUUUUCAUUAACACUUAUCGAUUCACUCGAUAUGUUAGCAGUGCUUGGAGAUCGAGAUGAAUUCAAACGAGCGGUACAUCUUGUUAUUACUACCGUAUCCUUUGAUCGAAAUGUGACUGUAUCAGUCUUUGAGUCGACUAUUCGAGUUAUUGGUGGACUUUUAUCAGCACAUAUGUUAGCAUCUUCAGAAUAUUUUGGUAUGAUGGAUGAUCAUGACUAUCAUGGUGAACUUCUUGACUUAGCUGUAGAUUUAGGUCAAAGGAUAUUACCAGCAUUUGAAACACCUACAGGUUUACCAGUUCAUCGUGUUAAUUUACAGCGUGGUGUGCUUUUAAGUGAUCGAGCUGCUAAUGUUACAUGUCCUGCUGCUGCUGGUUCCUUACUUGUCGAAAUGGCUUACUUGUCACGUUUGUCUGGAGAUCAACGAUUUGAAAGACGUGCAAAAGAAGCAGUGGUUGCAAUUUGGGAACGACGAUCGGAAUUAAAUUUGCUUGGAAGUGCCAUUGAUGUUGGAUCAGGUGAAUGGUUAUAUGCUUAUGGAGGCAUUGGAGCCGGUUUAGAUUCAUUCUUUGAAUAUUUACUUAAGUAUUAUCUUAUAAGUAAUGACUUGCAAUGGUUUACAAUGUUUAAUGCAAGUUAUCAUGCUGUUGAAACCCAUGUCAAACAUGAUCAAGUGUAUCUGGAAGUUAAUAUGAAUCAUGGAAAGAAUCAUAUUAGUACACGUCGUGUAUCAGCUUUACAAGCAUUUUGGCCUGGACUUCAAGUACUUUUUGGUGAUGUCUCGGGUGCUAUUCGUUCACAUGAAGAAAUGUUUUCACUUUGGGAUGAAUAUGGUGCUAUGCCUGAACUUUUCGAAUUAGCACCACAUGGAAAGUCAAGACCUGGUUAUCGUGGGACUGUCAUUCAUUGGGCACGUACAUCUCCACUUCGUCCAGAAUUAAUUGAAAGUACGUAUCAUUUAUAUCAAGCUACAAAAGAUCACAAGUAUUUGAAAAUGGGACGACAAAUACUGCAAGAUAUUCGUCGUGUCUCAAAAGUUCCAUGUGGAUAUGCUGGUGUGGGAAAUAUUCAUACACUUGACGUUGAAGAUCGUAUGGAUAGUUAUUUUCUUUCGGAAACAGCAAAGUAUCUUUACUUACUUUUUAGUGAUGAUCCUGAUGUCAUUGUACCAUCAUCAGUACAACACAAGAAUGAUACUUGUACUCUAAUGAUUGAUAAAAGAGAGAAGAUCACGACUUGUAUCAACAAUUCCACAACUUCGACUAGACAAAAGAAUAAACCAUUGAAAGCAGCUGAUGUUGUAUUUAGUACAGAAGGUCAUAUCUUGAUACUUGACUCGCAUUUAUUUCGAGGAUCAAUUAAGCAGAAAGCAAGUGAUGUUUCAAAGUGUGAAAUUGGAAAAAUACAAACUUAUCUACGCAAUAUGGAACUCGAAGCAGCAAGACAAAGUGAAAGAACACGUUCUGUCAUUCCUGUUGGAGUAGCUAUACGUGUAAAGAAUGUGCAUCUCAUGACAUUUGUAGCUUCUCCUGCUUCAUUUGGUCUUCAAGUCACAACAUCAUCAUUUCUCGAAGCUCCAUUGCUUCUUUAUCAACAAGAAAUUCAUGAUGCAUGUGGAUCAAUAAACUCUAAACUUGUACAUGGAAUGAUUGUGAUGGUAUCUCGUGGUUCAUGUUCCUUUGCUGAAAAAGCUAUUCGAUUACAAACUGCUGGAGCUCUGGGUGUUCUCGUAAUUAAUUCAAAAGCAGCUUCAAGUCGAUUGGUAAAACGUCGAUAUUCACUAGCUGAUGAUAGACGUGGAUUAGGAAAACAUGUAACUAUUCCAGUUCUUUUGAUUUCUCAAGAAGAUGCAGUGCAAUUACAACGUCGUGUUGAUGAGAAAUGGGUUCAACGUGAUAUUAGAAAGAAAAGUGAUGAAGAUAAAGGGAAAAGAGUCAAGUUGAUUGCUUCAUUAUCUCCGUGGCUUUAUUGA